ACGAAAUCAAAGCAUGGCUUCCGUACCAUCGUCCCAAGAUAUGUUAAUUUCUUCUUUCCUUGAUAUCGCCGUCGAUCAAACCGUCGAUACUGCCCGGGAAUUUCUUCAAGCAACAAAUUGGAAUCUGGAGGAAGCAAUUCAACGUUUUUUCUCCGGAAACAACAAUGGAGGAGGAGGAGCAGAAGCAGAAGCAGAAGCAGCAGCAGAAUCGUUCAAUUAUUCGCCAUUAAUCGAAGAAAAUCCAACACUCUGGGAAUCGGACGAUGUACGUCUGCCAUUACCGGUAAGACGGGAAGUUCUUUACGAUGAAAAUUCAGGACUAUACGAAGAUGAGAGAAAACAAAUCUCGUCUUCUACUUUUGACUCAUAUGACAAUAAUACCCUUUCUGUUCUGUUUCGUCCUCCUUAUGAAUUGUUAUACAAUGGACCAUUUGAUCACGCGAAAGAAGCUGGCGCAAAGCGGAACAGAUGGCUUUUAGUGAAUGUGCAAUCCAGGAGUGAAUUCGCCUCAGACACGCUUAAUCGAGAUACCUGGGCUAAUGAUAUCGUUGCUCAGAUGAUCGAAAACAACUUCGUGUUUUGGCAAGAGGGAGACCAUACAGAGGAAGGGCGAAAAGUUUGUACUUGCUAUAAAUUAGAUUCCAGGCCUGUGAUAUUAGUGAUUGAUCCUAUAACAGGUCAAAAAAUGCGCUCCUGGAACGGAAUGGUUCAGCCUGAGACGUUGCUUGAAGAUGCUAUGACUUUUAUUGAUCGUACUCCGUCAGAGUAUCAUUCAGAUCUACUCGGAAAACAAUUGGAAAGAUUAACUCAUCUCGAUAGAAUUGAAGAAGGUACUGAGGAAAAGGAAAAGGAGAUUACUAGUAAAGAAGAAAAUGAUCAAAAUGAGUUGUUGAUGAAUACGAAUACGAUUUAUCUUCCACUGCCUGAAGAACCUAAUCGGAGUUUGAUCUGUGACAAAAAUUUGGUCUGUAGAAUCGCGAUUCGUCUUCCUGAUGGACGUAGAAUUCAGAGGAAUUUCAUGAAAACUGAUCCGAUUAAGUUGUUAUGGUCUUUUUGUUCAACUCAAUUUGAAGAAGCAAAAACAAAGGCAUUUCGAUUCAGACAAGCAAUGCCAGGGCCAACUAAGUUUUGGGCAAGUAAUUUUUGGACUUGUGAUAGUAACUUAACUUUUGAGGAGUCGGGUUUAGACAAUUCUGUUAUUGCACUAGUAAUGAUAUAGAUUUUUAUUUUUA